GUGGACGCUUGCUCUGACAUAGUUCUAUACAGGAGAAACAUGGCCCCCACGGUCAUCACUCAGCUCAACGUUAAAGACAUCCGAUUUCCAACUUCCUUGGACGGCAGUGGUUCGGAUGCAUCGCACCGCCCCGAUUACUCAUGCGCAUAUGUGGAGUUGAAAACGGACACUGAGCUUACGGGCUACGGGUUGACCUUCACGUCUGGCAGGGGCAAUGAAAUAGUUUCGUACGCCGCUAAGGUCUUUAGGCGCUUCGUUGUUGGUCAAAAGUUGGCAGAUAUCUUUGGUGACUUUGCAAGUUUUUACCGGAAGUGCGCAAAUGAUGACCAGAUGAGAUGGAUCGGACCGGAAAAAGGCGUGAUCCACCUGGCUCUGUCCGCUGUCUUCAAUGCAUUGUGGGAUAUCAAGGCCAAAAUGGCGGGAAAGCCACUCUGGAAGCUCCUGGUCGACAUGACCCCCGAAGAAAUUGUUUCAGUGGUCGACUUUCGGUACAUAACGGAUCUGCUGACUAAGGAAGAGGCGUUAGAAAUGCUAAGGAAAAUGCAAGAUGGGAAGAAAGAAAGAGAGGCAGAAAUAGUUGCCAACGGUUACCCGGCGUACACAAUGUCCUGUGGCUGGCUGGGGUAUGAUGACGAUCAGCUCAAGAAGGCGUUCAAAUCAGGACUGGCCCAAGGAUUUACACGGUUUAAGAUGAAAGUUGGCGGAAACAUUGAAGACGACCAGAGGCGGUGCAAGAUUAUCAGAGAUAUCAUUGGAUACGACAAGCUGUUGAUGAUGGACGCUAACCAGAAGUGGGAUGUCCAGGACGCCGUGGAUUGGAUGAAACAACUGACGUCAUUCAAGCCUUUUUGGAUAGAAGAGCCGACCAAUCCAGAUGAUAUACUGGGACACAAGAAAAUAGCUAAGGAGCUCAACCCUCUGGGAAUAAACGUGGCUACUGGUGAACAAUGCCAGAACCGCAUCAUGUUCAAACAGUUCCUCGAGUUCGGGGCUCUGCAGAUUUGUCAAAUUGACUGCUGCAGACUGGGCAGUAUCAACGAGCUCAUUCCUGUUAUCCUUAUGGCGGCCAAGAUGAAAGUUCCGGUAUGUCCACACGGUGGGGGAGUAGGGCUGUCAGAAUAUGCCCGUCACACAUGUAUCUUUGAUUACGUCUGUGUGUCGGGUGACCUGGAGAACAGGAUAAUGGAGUACGCUGAUCACUUGAGUCCACAUUUUGAGAACCCCAAUGUUGUGAGGAACGGAAACUGUGUGGCGCCUGUGACCCCGGGUUACAGUCCCAUACUAACGAAGACCGCCGUAGAAAACUUCGAGUAUCCAGAAGGAAAGACGUGGGAGAAGUAUUUCGCAGACGGAACGUUCCCUCCAGUUACCACAGAGAGGUGGUGAACGCUGCAAGUGAUCACGUGAUGCUUCUCGUGAAUCACGCGUUGAAGAAACUAUAAGCUGAUUGGAUGAGGAUCUCAUCUACCAAACUGACAGUAAUUGAAACUUACCCAGUUUACAAGGUCACGUAAAUAUUCUAAUUUGCCGUGAUGGCGAUCAAAAAAGCAGCAUAGAGUAAGACAUACCCGUAUUGAAUGUACUCAGUAAUACAUGGCUGGUGCAAAUGUUUGGCAAUUUUGUCAUAGG